GGCCCCCACCGCCUGCCUUCUCGCUGGGCAGCUCCCCUGGCCUCCAGGCCUCUCCCUGCUCCCUCGGCCCCUCCUCCCGGGCCGCCCCAAUGAAGGAGCCGGAUGCCAUCAAGCUGUUUGUGGGGCAGAUCCCGCGGCAUCUGGAGGAAAAGGACCUGAAGCCCAUCUUCGAACAGUUUGGUCGGAUCUUCGAGCUGACUGUCAUCAAGGACAAGUACACGGGGCUGCACAAGGGAUGUGCCUUCCUGACAUACUGUGCCCGCGAUUCAGCCCUGAAGGCCCAGAGCGCCCUGCACGAACAGAAGACGCUUCCAGGGAUGAACAGACCAAUCCAGGUGAAGCCAGCCGACAGCGAGAGCCGAGGAGAAGACCGGAAGCUCUUUGUGGGGAUGCUAGGGAAGCAGCAGACAGAUGAGGACGUCCGGAAGAUGUUCGAGCCUUUUGGGACCAUAGACGAGUGCACUGUGCUGCGGGGGCCGGAUGGCACCAGCAAAGGCUGCGCCUUCGUGAAGUUCCAGACCCACGCCGAGGCCCAGGCAGCUAUCAACACCCUUCACAGCAGCCGGACCCUGCCGGGUGCCUCGUCCAGCCUGGUGGUGAAGUUCGCUGACACGGAGAAGGAGCGCGGUCUCCGCCGGAUGCAGCAGGUGGCCACCCAGCUGGGCAUGUUCAGCCCCAUCGCCCUCCAGUUUGGAGCCUACAGCGCCUACACCCAGGCCCUGAUGCAGCAGCAGGCGGCCCUGGUGGCGGCUCACAGUGCCUACCUCAGCCCCAUGGCCACCAUGGCUGCCGUGCAGAUGCAACACAUGGCCGCCAUCAAUGCCAAUGGCCUCAUCGCCACCCCCAUCACCCCGUCCUCAGGAACCAGCACCCCUCCUGCCAUCGCUGCCACGCCUGUCCCGGCCAUCCCCGCCGCCCUGGGCGUCAACGGCUACAGCCCGGUGCCCACCCAGCCCACCGGGCAGCCUGCCCCUGAUGCUCUGUAUCCCAACGGGGUUCACCCCUACCCAGCCCAGAGCCCCGCGGCCCCCGUGGACCCCCUGCAGCAGGCCUACGCGGGGAUGCAGCACUACACAGCAGCCUACCCAGCAGCCUACAGCCUGGUUGCGCCCGCGUUCCCGCAGCCUCCUGCCCUGGUCGCCCAGCAGCCCCCGCCUCCGCCCCAGCAGCAGCAGCAGCAGCAGCAGCAACAGCAGCAGCAGCAGCAGCAGCAACAGCAGCAGCAGCAGCAGCGGGAAGGCCCUGACGGCUGCAACAUCUUCAUCUACCACUUGCCCCAGGAGUUCACGGACUCAGAGAUCCUCCAGAUGUUCAUCCCCUUUGGCCAUGUCAUCUCAGCCAAAGUCUUUGUUGACCGGGCCACCAAUCAGAGCAAGUGUUUUGGCUUUGUGAGUUUCGACAAUCCGGCCAGCGCCCAGGCUGCCAUCCAGGCCAUGAACGGUUUCCAGAUUGGCAUGAAGCGCCUCAAAGUCCAGCUAAAGCGGCCUAAGGAUGCCAACCGGCCCUACUGAGGGCCCAGGUGGGUCCUGUUCCUGUCCUGUGACUUCUCCACAGCUGGGGACUGUGGUCUGUGUUCUGGGCACACACUGCAGCCAGGCCCUCCCUCAGACUGCCCCCCCCCCCCAACCCGCUCCCCCACGGCCUCAGGGAUGCCCUGCCUCUGGUUGUUUUUCAAUCAUCCAAGUCUCACCCCCCAACACACACACACACACACACACACACACACACACACACACACACACACGCACACGCUGACCCGAGAGAGCGCAAAGCCUAUCUAUCUGUGUGCACUCCCCAGGUCUUCCCUAAUAUCUGGUCUCGUUUGUCUGCUGUGUCCAUGUGUCUGUGUGUGUCUCUGGUUUUCCUUUGGGUUGGAGUGGAAUUGUGGGAGCAGGGUUUGAGGAGGGUCGUAGACUCACCGGCUGCUGGAAUAUCGAUUCUGAGAAGCGGGACAUGGGGUCCCGGUGCCCUGGACUCCAGGUGAUUUGCUAUGUGGCCGUGGCCCCAUGGGGCAGUGGAGAGUGUACAGAACAGACUGGGGGGCGUCCCAGCCUCAGGCCUCCCGGGAGCAGCUGUGGUUCAGGUGGCGGAGGCUGCGAUGCUGGACUCCUGUGAAUUUCCCUGAAGGGGCCCCUCCACCCCAUAGCCCUCCACCCCCAACCUCGCGGCCUAGAGCUGUGAGCUUAUGUUACUUUUAUGUUGUUUAACCUCCUUUGGACCAAACCCCCGAAAAAAUACAACCCAAGAACAAUACCCACAUUUUCUGUUUCUCCCCCUUUCCCCCCAAUCCUGGCUGCUUAACUCCCCCCACCCUGGGGGCCCCCAGCCCAGGGCCCGUGUCCAUUGUCGGCCGAAGCCCCCAUCCCCGGACCCCUGCUCCGGGCCCCUGUCUGGAGGCUCCGCACGAAGGGGCUCACGCCUGCCCGGCCCCAGCCCCCUCCGCACAUCUCUGGGCCUCGAUGGGGCUCUGGGGGCACAGGACACACCCACUCCUGCCAGCCGCCUCUCCGCAAGGGCCUGUUUCCUCCCAGGUGCCCUUUUGGCCUUUGUGAGGGAGCAAGGGACAGGCCUGAAGGCUUGGGGUACCUGCCUUCUGCGGGGCUCCUGUGCCGGGCCUCCUGCGCCCAGCUUUCGCACCCGCGUCCCCACCGGGGGCCUGUUCUACCUGAGCAGCGGCAGGGCCGCGGGGCUCCCACAUGCUCCCCACUCGCCGCCCCAGCCUCUUCCCCACAUCAGGGGCUUCUCAGAAGCUGGUUCUUGCUCCGUGCCACCCUGAGCUAGAGGUAGGACACCCCUAAACCCUGGGCUCCCAGCCCUAAAACUCACUGCCUCCCUAAGGGCCCCCUCUAAGGAGGUGUGGGGGAGCCCUGAGGGCUGCCUCUCCGCCAGUCAGCCACAGAGACCCUCCUCCUUUCACGAGGAAAAGACCUCCCCGAACCCCUAAAAAUGUUUACAGUCUCUGCUGGUCCCUCCGUGUAAAUACCACUACCAGCCGUGUGUGCGUUAUCCAGCCCGGCCCGCCCGGCCGCUGCCAUCUCUCCUCGGGGAGUUUAGACAAUGUUUCCCUUGGAUUUCUUCUCUCUUGAUUUCUCCCUUUGCUUUGGGGGUAACUGGG